AUCGCUUGAUAUGGACAACUCGAGAAGCAUCUCCUCCAUCCGUGAGGCAGUCAACUUCUUGACGGUCAUCAUGUUGACACUGACCCAACGUGUUCAUCCAAUGCCGGUGCCGACUGACGUACCCAUGUGCACUGCAUCAGAACCUGCCCAGUACAGCUUGACAUUUACUGGCAAGUGGUCUCGGGCAGCGUUCCCUAAACAAUAUCCUGUCUACCGUCCCCCUGCACAGUGGUCCAACCUUGUGGGGGUGACCCACAGCUCUGACUACCACAUGUGGCAGCGUAAUGGCUUUGCCAGCAAUGGAGUGAGGGAGUUCACAGAGAAAGGCGAAGCUUGGACUCUCAUGAAGGAAGUCGAGCAGGCCGGUGAACAAAUCCAGAGCGUUUAUGGGAUCUUCUCCGCUCCUGCUGUCGUAGGAGGGACAGGCCAGAGCAACACUGUGCUUGAGGUCUUUGCCAGGCACUCCUAUCUGUCAUUUAUUGUGCGACUCGUUCCUAGCCCCGACUGGUUUGUGGGAGUGGACAGUAUCGAUUUGUGCAAUGGUGACCACUGGAAAGAGAAUGUGGUGCUGGAGCUUUUCCCAUACGAUGCCGGAACCGACAGCGGUUUCACGUUCUCGUCUCCCAACUUUGAGACCAUCCCGCAAGAUAAAAUCACACAGAUAACCUCAUCCUUCCCGAGCCACCCCGCCAACUCCUUUUAUUACCCCCGGCUGAAGCACCUCCCACCCAUUGCCAAGGUGACGCUGACCAAGAUAAAGAAGACCAAUCACAUCAUCAGCCUUCCAGUAGAACCCACCCAGUCCAAUCUGCUGCCAACAGGAAAUGAGAUUGACGACAACCUCAUAAAUACCCCUCUGGACUGUGAAAUGUCCGUUUGGUCUCCCUGGGGUUUGUGCAAGGGCAAGUGUGGAGAUUCGGGAGUGCAGCACCGUACACGCUACGUCCUCAUGCACCCUGCCAACAACGGCUCAGCCUGCCCCUUACUGGAGGAGCAAAGGAAGUGCAUCCCGGAUAACUGUUUAUGACUAGGCCAGGAUUUGAGCGAGAAGAAGGAUAGGAAAGAAGGAAAGGGGAAGAAGAACAGAAAGGACCGGAAAGGGCGAAAACGACGCCGAAGAAGAUACAACAGCAAAAGGUCACCAAAAUCUGAGCCAUGAACUGGACUCCUCUUUCCUCGCUGCUUUUGUCUUUAUUAUGUGCUAUCAGUUGGUCAAAAUGAUGGAUUUUUUUCAUCCAGUGUAAAG